UUAAAACCCUUUUUUGUCCAUCACAUUUUAUUUUAGUUUGUUUAAAUUGUGUUUGUGUCAUAUAAAGAAAAAAACAUAAUGCUAAGAUCAAAAACAUGUACUUUUUAUUUUAAGUACUUUGUUUUCGUUAGCACAUUUCAAUUUAUUUACUGUAAUUUUUGUAUAAUGCGGGGCAGUUGUAAAUGCCAAAUCAAAAAUCUAACUAAAUCUACAUUGACUUUUCCUGAAAAUGGUUUGCCAUUUCAAUAUGAUUCGAACAUAAUAAACAUUUGUGAGACCAGUAAAAGCAUUACUACAAAUUCAGUGGCUUCCUCAAAUUUAAAAUACGAAGUGACGUGCGAUUCUCUUGUUAAAGAGAACAGAUCGAAUUCUGAAAUACAUAAGCCAUUGCAUUUUAUUUUGCAGAAGGAUACAAAUCUUUUUACUUUGGUGUUACAAUAUCCUUGUGAUGCACCACCGAAUGAAAUCAAGGGCUAUUCAACAGGAUCAGUACUAGUUAUAAUAUUUUUUACUCUAUGUUUUGUUUAUUUAGGUCUUGGCGUUUCAGUAAAUUUUUGUUUGGUGGGAGCCCGUGGUAUUGAAAUGAUGCCUAACUUAGAUUUUUGGAAAGACUUUCCAGCAUUAGUUUUGGAUGGCGUAAAGUUUUUACAAAAUGGAUGUACAGCUGGGCCAAGUGAUUUAUCAACACCAAGUGGCGCUGAAGGGUACGAUGCCAUAUAAAUUACCGACAAUAAGUACAUGAAUAACGUAAUGAUGAUAUAAACAUAUGAACUCUUUAUUUUUACUUUUUGUUAUUAUAAUUAUUUUUUGGCAUGAAUUAAAAUAAAUCGCUUGUCAACAAAUAAAAUAUUUUCUUCAUUU